GUGGUGGAUUCUGAGCGUGCAUGACGGCUCUGCGGGGCGGAUGUGUUUAUCUCGCUACGGCGCAUGCUUACCUUGUCCCAUGACUGUCAAAGAGGAAGUAUCGGGGUCAUUCAUCUGAGACAGUAUAUUUCAAGUGUAUAGUGUAUUUACCUUCACAACAAAAUACUACUAAGACUCCAGAUUGUCUCCUGCAGCCGCUCAACUUGUUGUUGUUGUAUUUGUCCGAUAUGGCUGGACGAGGUAAACUGAUCGCCGUGAUCGGGGAUGAGGACACCUGCACUGGGUUUUUGCUCGGAGGGAUCGGGGAGCUGAAUAAGAAUCGCAAGCCCAAUUUUCUGGUGAUUGAGAAGGAUACCAGCGUUACGGAGAUAGAAGAAACCUUUAAGGGUUUCCUGGCCCGUGAUGAUAUCGGAAUCAUUCUGAUAAAUCAGUUCAUUGCAGAGAUGAUCCGGCAUGCCAUUGAUGCCCACACACAAUCAAUCCCAGCUGUGCUAGAGAUCCCGUCCAAGGAGCAUCCCUAUGAUGCCUCCAAAGACUCCAUCCUGCGCAGAGCUAAGGGCAUGUUCUCUGCUGAGGAUUUCCGAUAAACCCACAGGAAGCACUGCAGCAGGCUGGGCAGGACUAACCAGGAGGAGAACCAGUAGCUGUGUCAGUCAUUUGCCUGUUUCUCUUUUAGGUGUCAUUCCAUAUAAGGCUAACUUGGGAUUUGGUGUUUGGUGGAGGUUGACAUUUCAGCAUAAUUUAUAUCAAAGACCCAUGUUGUGAUUUUAUUUUUUAAAGUCUAGAUCUUAAUGCAUGCUAUAGACGGGUGAUCCAUUUUCACAAAAAUUGAGGUUCUUUAGCUUAAACAGGUUCUGCUUCAUCCAUAUCCAAUCCUCUGCAGUGUGUCUUAAGCCCAGGUCACCCCCUCUCCCCUAGAUUGUCCUUCUCCCAGCACAGGCAGCCCACAGAGAAUGCCUGAACACAGACACCCCUCAGGCCAGAACAUGCAAGCAGACAUGGCUACAAGGACUCGCUGAAGUGGUUUGCUGCGCCCAGAAUGGAAUUGCUAGCAACAUCACUGAUAAGAGGAAGUCUAGUCAUGAGGUGGAAAAUGAUUGUAUUUCUGUAGAGUUCCUGUUCUAGCAUGGGCAAAUGGGCUGGUGAAGGAACUCAUGAAUUGCCAUCAUUCAAUCUGCCACUACCCUUUUCUUCAUCAUUUCAACAUUUGUCUGACUCUUCACGGACAAAGUUGAGAAAUAACCAAUAAAUGAAAAAUAAAAAAAAUUAACGAGAUUUAUUUUGAAUAAUUGAAAUGAUUAUAAUAUUAUGUUUGUAAAAUAAACUGGCGUGUCCGGCAUUUUUGUUACUAAUUUUAAGAUUUUGUAGAAAUCUCAAUGAUUUGUAAAACCUUAUCAACUGUUUUUGCUUUUUUUUUUUAAACUUCAGAACAAGAAAUUGUACAAAAUGAAAUACCAUCUUAGAGUGCAUUCACUGUAUUUGUCUGUACAUUUUGGGUUUGCAGUUACAUGGCAGAGGUUGUUUGUGUUUUCAGACUUCAAUGAAGGGCUGCCUGUCUUUGAAGACCCCAAUACAAAUGAUUUAUUCCUUUAAAAAAAAUGAUUGAUGUUAAAAAUAAACCAUAUUGAGUAUGUUGUGUUGCAACUGAGUUUGUGUGCUUGUUACCAUUCCACAAAAUGUUAUUUUGUCUGUUGAUAAAUGACUAGAAACAAAA